CUCUUUGUCUCUCUGCGUGCCUCUGUCUCCAUCUCUGUGUUUCUCUGUCCCUGUGUCUGACUCUACAUUUCGGUUUGUGUCUCUACUGUGGCCUCUGUGUCUGUGUUUCCUCUGUAUCUCGUGUCUCUGUUUCUCUCUGCAGUCCUCUCUUCAUCUGUCACUCUUAAUCCCUAGUCUCUACUUCUCUAAAUCUCUGUGUCCUUCUCUCUCUUUCUGCGUCUCUCUGUCUCUCUCGCAUCUCUUUCCCGCUCUCUGAAUUUCUCUGUGUGCCCAUUUUCUGGGCUUUCCCUCUGGUCCCUAUCUCCCUCCUAAGCCUUUUUCUGGACUUGGAGCUCCGCUUCCGUCUCCCGCAGGGCCAGUGGGGUCGUCCUGCCCUCGGUUCCUGCCUCCUAUGUGGCUUUGGCGCAGGCAGGGCGGGCGGCUUAGUGGACCGCUGGCGCCCCCGUGUGGCCUGCGGGGGUUGUCGGGAGAGGCUGGGGGCUAAAUGUGAGCGCCAGAAGGGGUGUGUGCGGAACAGCUGCGGUGUCUGUGGGUGACUCCGGGAGGCUGUGCGAGUGUGUACUUCCCUGAGAUGGUUUGUGACCCUGGAAGAUUAACAAGUGUGCACUGCCGUGAGAUGGUGUAUGACUGUGUUUGGCUGUAUGACAUUGUGUGUGAUGAGUGUGAUGAGGAGUGAUUGAAAGGGACUGCAUGUGUGACAUUAUCAGUGAUACUGAGAGACUGUGGGUGAUCAUGUGUGGCAUUGUGAGGGUGGGUGUGAGUGGGUGUGAGAAACACUCUUUGGGGGACUGUAUGUAACACGGAGGGGCCUAUGUGGAGUGAGAGAUUGUGUGUGAUGGUGCAUGUGAGAGGGCAGUGCGUGCAACAGAGUGAGCAUGUGAGCGCUGUGUGCAUCACACGGGCAGACUGUGUGAGAGAGGGUGAGACUGAUGACUGGAAUACGUAGAGAGACGUGUGAGCAGGCAUCGUGAGAGGUUUGGAGGGGGCUGGGGUGUAAUAGACUGUAUGCCUGAGUGUGCAUCUGUGUGAGGCACUCAGGUAGAAGAGUGAGGGAGACCUUGUGUGUGUAAGUGUGCAAUGCUGGGACAUUGUUGUGUGAGCACAAAUGAGACCGUGUGUGGUACACACUGUGAGUCCCAUACACAAUGGCGUAUACAUGUGAAACACUGUGAGAUUCUGUGACACACUGAGCCAUCACGUGUAACUAUGUCUGACACCAAGAGAUGGGAUAUGUGCAUGUGACAGAGACAGACUCUAUGAGGCUGUGUGUGGAGGGCAUGUGUUAGAUGUGUGUGACUCUGAGAGAUUGUGCUGGAAUGUGUGUGACCACAGUGCAUGUCACUGGAUAGUUGACCAUGUGUUACUAGGAAAUACUAUAAAACAGUUUGUGAUAGUACUUGGCAGGGAGGGUGCAUGGGUAAUUAGAUGUCACCGUGUGAGGCACUGAGAAAGUGUGUGUGAGGCUUUGCUAGGGUGUGAAACUGAGAGAAUUUAAAUUGCGCAUGAAUGUGUGUGACUUUUGAGAGAUUGUGUGUGACACUGUGACAUACUACUGGUACAUUUGACACUCUCAGAUAGUUUAUUUGACUGGGCAGUCAUGGGAGCUGCUAUUUUUGAUGGUGUGCUACACUGUGAGUGACUGCGUGGCAUUGUGAACGACCGUGGAUGUUGUGUUGAGCACAGGUCAUUCAUGAGACUGUGCCACCAUGUGACACAGCAUGACAGGAUGCUUCACUGUGUAAGGCACUCCCUGUGAGAGUCUGUAUGUUUUUGGCAGGGGUCCAUCUGUGAUAGGGUAACACGGAGGUGACAAGUGUGAACCCGUGUGAUAGGGUGAGAAAGUAUGUGUGACAGAGUGAGAGGCUGUGUGGGGCACCCGGGGAGGGUUUAUGUGACCGUGUAAUAAUUGCAGCAGGGCAUGGGGGCACACCUAGAGAGACUGUCUUUUCUUAUGACUGUGAGAGACACAGAGAGGGAGAGAGAGACAUAGGGAGAGAGACAAAGAGGGGCCCAGACAGACAGAGAGGAAGACCCAGAGAGACAGCUCCAAGGUGGGGCAGAAGGCGGUGGCUGGCGGCAGGAGGCGGGUCCUCAGGGGCUGCGCCCCAGGGGAGGGGGCGGGGCGGGCUGGGGGCUCCCAGACGCUGCCUCCCAGCCUCUGCCACCGUGCGCCAUCCCAGCCCUGAGCAGCAACAGAUCUGAAUUCUCAGUUCUCCCUGGAGCCACCACUAAUUGGCCUGGGGAGGGGCCCCCUCCUGGUGCAUACUCCAUCCUCAGAGGGUUACCCGGGCCACCUCUACCAGCCCCACCUCUGGAUCCAGAAGUGUCCUAACCUACUCUACGCCCACCCACCCCCUUCAAUUCUCGCCCAGCUUUUAACCCCUUCCCCACCACAGCCAUGUCCAACAACAUGGCCAAAAUCGCCGAGGCCCGCAAGACGGUAGAACAACUGAAGCUGGAGGUGAACAUCGACCGCGUGAAGGUGUCCCAAGCAGCCGCGGAGCUCCUGGCUUUCUGCGAGAUGCACGCCAAAGACGACCCGCUGGUGACGCCGGUACCCGCCGCUGAGAACCCCUUCCGUGACAAGCGUCUCUUUUGUGUACUGCUCUAAGCCCUCCCGACAGCUUACCCUGUCCUGCCAAAAUAUGAAUCCAAUAAACUUGGUG